GACGCUAUAACGUGUUGUAAAAUCAUUUAUAUGAAAACGUGAAACUCUUUGUGCAGUAUUUAUGACAUCUUAUCUGUUUUUACCGGUAUACAAUUUAUAAGUAGGCAGACAUUGACAGUGGCAAAAUGAUAAGGAUUAGAGAACUCCAGUUUGCAUUCUUGAUUAGCUUGCUUGGAAGCAGAUGUAUAUCAUGGGGAUCACGACAUGAAAUUUUUUGUCUGAAAGAAGCCAUCAGUUUCUAUCAAAGUGCCAUUUUAUGCGCGAGCGGAAAUUUUAACAGUUCUUGUAAACGUUAUUGUAAUUCAUCACAAACGAGCCCCUUCAGUGAAAAUUUCUGUACUGGAUCUAGCUCUAAAACUGCCGAGAUCGUCAUCAAAUAUCUAAACGUCAAUGAAACAUUGACAUUUACCUCAGUUGGUAGAACAGCUUUACAAAUUUCCUGUGAAUUUCCAGGGAAUGACUUCUGCAGCGAAAGUGGUAAUGCAAAUAAAUCAUCGUCAGAAUGUCUGACAACACAGAGAACGGUCAUUUCAACAGAAGCAAAGUCUACAAAAGAUUUCACAUCACCUAAAACAACAAAGCCAGACGAGAUUUCUCGGAAAACAGUACAAGAUACAACACUAACUUCCUUGCCUCUUAUAACGGAUUCAUUGUUAACACCAUCUUUUACAUUCAUGUCAAGAGAGACCACAAGUUCAGAUGUUACAAUUACAAUUAACAAUGUGAGUGACGUUAAAGACCAGGCAAGAUCUCAAGUCUGUUCCCAGAAUACCGGGAUAAUCGUAGGAGCUGUAAUGAUAGGAUUUAUCGUCGGAACAAGUACAACUGCGGUUAUAUUUUUUUUCCUAAAAAGAAGAACAGAACAAAUAUCCAAGAAUCAUACUGUAUCGCAUCCAAUAUAUGACUUAAAUGAGAGACAAACCAGUAUCAGAGCGACUCCAGGAGAGACGUACAAUGAUAUACAAAUUGAACCACAAAGUCCAAAGAUAUCGUGCGUUUUGCCAAUCACAAAGGAAGAAAUAAAGUCCAGUACUGCAACCAACGAUCCCGAAAUCUACCAUCAUCUACGGGAAGACUACGCUGUAAAGGACAGAAGUAACUACUAUGACCAUGCAAUGCCACUGAAUGGUCCACAAGAAAUAGAAUCUGAACAAUAUGGUAAACUGAAGAUCGAAGAAAACGGAGCAUACUCAACCUUUACAAACACAAAUUAUACCGGACCCGACUCAGUUAGAAAUGAAGCCUACUCUACCAUUGAAACCAACGAGUUUCAGUUGAUGGAAAUUGAAGGCAAUAAUGCGGACAACAGUGCCAGUUAUUUUGUUUUGGCUAAAGAAUAAGAUACAGGCAGUUCUGUUUAUUACUUUUUUGAUAAUUAUUCUAACAGUUGCAGUUUGCAUGAAAUGUAUGUAGAUCCUCAGACGACCGGUGUAAUGAAGAAUAAUGACCCCCGUAGAAUAAUGACCGGGGGUCAUUUUUCUACGUAGAAUAAUGACCCCUCCUAGCUGAAGAAUAAUUGGAUUUUUCUGAAGAAAAAAGACCCAGGGGUUAUUUUUCUUCAUGUUAAACAUGAAGAAAAAUGACCCCCCCCCCCCUGUAAACAUGAAUAGAAAUUGGUUACCUCGUAUCCAAAAAAUGACUUUGAAAUUACUUAAACUUUCACUCUGUUCAACUGAUUUUGAAGUUAUAAACACCGAACUUGUAAAUAAAUCGCUGUAAUAGUUUUUCAUAUCCGUAGCAAGCACACGCAAAACACUCAGAUAUUGCCACAAAUUGAUUGUUAACAGUUACGGCACUUCUCUCGUCGACAUACGGCGGGAAAUGACGCAAAUAAGGAAAAAUUCACAAUGAGGGAAUUGUGUAAUAAUUAACGAACAAUAAUCAUGAAAGAAUAAUUGUUGUAAUGAGUAUAAGCAAUAUGCAUUAGUGAAUGAAUUGUCAAUCGAAGAAUGAUACAUGUAUUAUAAAUCUUUAUAGAAAAAGACUAAGGGGCAGGUAACGUAGGAAUAUGAAUACUUCUUAUUUACAUUUCUGGGGAAAGUAAUUUUUAAAACAAUCAUUCAGCAUUAGUUUGUUUUCUUCUACGUAAUACAUGAACAUCAAUAUUGUAAACAUUUGUUGUAAUGUUGUUUUGUGAUCAUGAGUAGACUUUAUUCUGUUGGAGCAAGUUUGUGAAGAGUACCUGACUAUAGUAAAUCUUAAUUGAUAAUAAACACUGAUCGAUCAUAAUAAGAAAAGAUUGUUUCUAAAAGCGUUGAUAAGAGGUUAGGACCCAUAUGAGGGGUUUAUAUCCCCCUUUUUUGAUCACACGAUCUUUAUUGUAUCCAAAGUUACCAAUGCUCAUAUAAACUAUUGAAGCAUUAAUCAUCUUGAUAUUAACUAAACUAAAGUAUGCCGAUGAUAAAGUAAAAUAUAUUUUCUGUACGAGUACUCUCAGUACUUUGACGAUUUUCCGUAUUGGCCGUUAACCUCUACUGGCGUAAUGGCUGCUGUCAGUGCCUACUAACUUCAGCUUGGUUAUAAUGCCUAACAGUGGAGUAAACUUUUCAUGGUUUUGGUUUCAUCAUUAAUUCUUGGUGAUGAUACCUAGCAGUUUGCAUUAUGGAAAUCCUCAUUGCGAGUAUAAUUUAUGAAAAUAUGAAAAAAAAAGACGAUGCGACGGCGAAGCGCGAAGAUGCGAAGACGAAAGUGCUAA